AUGACCAAGUUGUGCAGUAAAGCGGCAGAAAUAUUGCGAUUGCUGCAGGUGAAGCCGGAAUACGAUGUUAUCAUGGCACUGAGCAUUACAAAAUGGAUCCAUUUGAACUGGGGCGACGCUGGCCUCAAACGCUUUUUCAAGCGCGCCUAUCGGCAGCUCCGACCUGGCGGGUUGUUCAUUUUGGAGCCGCAGUCUUUCGAAUCCUACAGAAAGCGAUCGAAAUUAACACCAGAAAUGAGUGAAAUUUAUAAAACGAUUGAGUUUAUGCCAAGUGCAUUCGAGGAGUAUUUGGUCGCUGAUAUCGGCUUCGACUCUUGCCAGCACAUCGCCCCGCCUAAAGCUUAUACAAAAGGUACUGAUUUCGAAUUUCGCUGA